AUGUCUACGUGCAACAACACGAACGAAGAAGACAUGUCGGGGAGCUUUGGAUGCAACAUCUGUCUUGAACUGGCAAGAGAACCGAUCGUGACUCUAUGUGGUCACUUGUUCUGUUGGCCCUGUCUCUACAAGUGGCUCCAUUUCCAUUCCCAAUCGAAACAUUGUCCUGUUUGCAAAGCUCUGGUCAAGGAAGAUCGUUUGGUUCCUUUGUAUGGAAUGGGUAAGCCAUCUUCUGACCCGAGAUCGAAGCCCGUUCACGGUGCUAGUACAAUCCCCAGUCGACCACCUGCACCUAGGCUCGAAACAGCUCGUCCUCCUCUUGGACAAAGACAUCAUGGCUCUAGUUUCUUUGGAGGGCAUUCAGGGUUUGCUUCUAUUCCAACUGCUACACGUUUUGGGAACUUCUUAUUGUAG